AUGUCGUUAUCUCCCAGAACUCGGAUGUAUUUAGGAUUAGGAGGCAUGGCUUUUGCAACAGUCGGCAUGCUUUUAUCAGAUAAAAUAGAGGAACAGCGUCCGGCGACAGAAAUUGAAAUGAAAGAACUUGAAAGACUAUCGCCAGUUAUCGUAGUUGACCGUCAAUCAAAAGUGUAG